AGAAAUACAAAUUUUAGGAAGACACGACAGCGCGCACAAUUCUUUUUGUCAUUCCAGUGACCUAACAGCUCUGUGCAGGACACGAGAUCGGAUUAGCCCCGCACUCCGAUCUCUCAUCAAGCUCAUCAGAUCCGAGAUUCUCCAAGCUCCAUCAUGUGAGAUUUUCGUUUCUCUUCCUUGAUCCAAAAAAAACUUUUGUUUCCAAAUCCCAAUCGCCGCUAUAAUGCUUCAUGAUUGAAUUGCUUAAUCCCCCAUUUGGAUUUAUCUUUUUGCUCUCUUUUCGGCAUUGGCGCCGGUUUAUCCAUGAGAAGAUGUAAAAUUGAAGUCACAGAGGUCAUGCCGAUGAUCGAUUAAACUUGUUUGGUAUGCACUUAGAUGGAGAUCAGUGAAGGAUUUGAAUGGGAAGAAAUACUUUUAUUUAUUUCUCUGUACAAGUGCAAGCAUUGCUUUUCAGAUAGUUCAUCUUAUUUGCUGUAUUGUUGUGGAUAGAAAUAAUGUCCCUGAAUUCUAACUUAAACCCAAGUAGCGUUGGAAAACACAUUUCGCUCACAAGGAGUAUUGGAAUAUUAUGAGUGUUGUUGCUUCAUGCUACUAGACUUGAUCAGAGUCAUCGUGUGAAAACUAUUAUUCACUUUUGUUUCAUUUCAAGUUCAAAUUUUCAUUUCUUUUAUAGCAGUUGUAUUUCUAACACUAUGUUUGGUUCAAGGAAUUAGGAAGAACAAGAAAAGAAAAUGGUUUUCUCUCAUUUUCCUCACCAAAAUGGGAAGAAUUUUAUUUUCUAUACCCUUAGUUCAUUUUGCCUCCUUAUUUUCUUUUCCUCUCCAACCAAACCAAAAAAAUUGUUUUCCAUCUCAUUUUGUUUUCUCUUCCCCUUCAAAUUGCUUGAACCAAACAUAGUGUAGAUGGUGUGCAUAUAGUUGAUCUUUACAUGGCAAUAUUAUGUAACUGUAUAUAGAUUUAAACUACUGUCUGUACAUUUUAUACGAAUCUUGUGCAAGUAUAAAAUAUGGCAUAAUAUCUACACAUUUUUUUCUUUGGGGCCACAACAACCUAGGUAAAGUUUUUUCCUCGAUUUUCAUUUGAGUUGCUUUCUUAAAGACUCCAUUUUGUUUCCCUGAAUUGGGCACUCUACUCUAAAUCAUCCAAUCUUCAGGUAUUUGAUCUUAAAACAUUGGCAUGGUUUACAAUAAAAUCAACCACAGAUGUUCUUCCAGCUCUAUCUGGCCAUUCUAUGAUUAGCUGGGAUCACAAAUUGCUGAUUCUUGCUGGCCACUCAAGAAGUGUUUCUGAUACUGUUAUAGUUAGGGUGAUUGAUCUGGAAUCACACAACUGUUCUAUUAUGGAGACCUAUGGAACACCACCAGUAGCUCGUGGUGGGCAAUCUGUGACACUCUUUGGUUCUAAGCUAAUAAUGUUUGGUGGUGAAGAUAGGAACCGGCGGUUAUUGAAUGAUAUUCAUGUUCUUGAUCUUGAGACAAAGACAUGGAGUUAUGUGGAGACCACGCAGACACCCCCGUCUCCCAGAUUUGAUCACACGGCUGCACUACAUGAAGAUCACUACCUUCUAAUUUUUGGCGGGUGUUCUCAUUCAGUUUUUUUCAAUGAUCUGCAUGUUCUGGACUUGGAAACGAUGGAAUGGUCUUGCCCCCAACUUCAGGGCGAUAUUAUUGGCUCACGAGCUGGUCAUGCUGGGGUCAUCAUAGACGAGAACUGGUACAUAGUUGGUGGUGGAGAUAACAAAAGUGGUGUGCCAGAAACUCUUGUUUUGAAUAUGUCUAAGCUUGUCGUGUCAGUGUUGACAAGUGUCAAGGGGAGAGAUCCACUUGCUAGUGAGGGACUAACUGUAUCCUCAGCAUUACUAGAUGGCGAGAAUUUUUUGGUUGCAUUUGGCGGCUAUAACGGAAAAUACAACAAUGAGGUAUUUGUUAUGAGGCCUAAACCAAGAGAUUCAUUGCUUCCCAAGAUACUUGUGUCACCAGCAGCUGCAGCUGCUGCAGCUUCCGUCACUGCGGCUUAUGCCUUGACUAGACCUGAAAAAUUGGACUUAACUGCAAGCGAAGAUUCAAAUUUUAAGGAAUUCAGGAAUGGUACCUCCCAAAAGGAUUUAUCUUAUGAGAUUGGUGUGAUUAGAGAAGAGAAAAAGGAAUUGGAAUCAUCUCUUGCUGAAGUUACAGCAGAGAACUCUGCUCUCAAGGCAAAGGUUGAUGAAGUUAACAUCACUUAUGCGGACUUAUCCAAGGAAUUUCAUUCAGUUCAGAGUCAGCUGACAUCCGAGCGAUCAAGAUGUGCAAAAUUGGAGGCACAAAUAACUGAGCUACGCAAGAUGCUGGAGUCGAUGCAAUCGGUAGAGGAAGAGGUUGAAGAACUUAGGAAGCAGAAGUAUGAAAUGGAACGCGAUAUGGAACUCGGAGUUUCCCAGGGCCAGAAGUCAGGUGGUGUUUGGAAGUGGAUUUCGGGUUAGGUUUUGAAAUGCACCUUGGGUAAUAGCAUCAUCCUUCGUGCAGUAGUUCAAUGGUUUUGUGAAUCUAUAUUAUAUUUUAGUGUCUACCAUGAGAAAAACGUGUCCCAGAUUUUUCUUCCUAAGGUUAUACAGCAGUUUAGAGUUUCUUAAUUCUUUGACUUCGUUUUCUCUUGUGUUCUCUUUCAACUGUUCUUAAUACCAAGAAGUACCAACAACAUUUUCAAUUGUAAUACAUAUAUUCAUUUGUAACAUGUUUUUUGUGGUUUUCACAACCUUAGAUUGCUUCAUUGCUUGCCUCUUAUGUAUUACAAUAAUCAUGAAAAAAUUGUUACUAUCACUACAAUGUUGGGUUGUAAAUAACCGAAUUGAAUUGAGUAGUGAUGAAUAUUAUUCGUAUUUGUUAGUUUUAGAUGGCCCGAUUUAACUGUUCUUUGUAAAUAAUUGGGAAAUAUGGGCCGAGCCACGUAUUAUUUCCCAUCAAGAAGUCCUCCACUUUUUUGAGUUGUGAGAAUCAUCAACUUAAAAAAGUAAACAAGUCCUCCGAGUGUGAUCUUCAGUCUUCGUACUUUGAAUUCUUGACCGGUAGAUAUUAUUGCUAGUCCUCCGAGUCUUCAUUAAUUCUCUAAUUCCUUGAAUCAGAAGUUUUUUCUUGCAAAAAAUAAUUUGUACAACAUUUU